UCAAUAAAAUGAAAUCAAGUAUCAUAUUAGAGCAUGCUCGACCAGUCAUAAUGAAUAACCAUAGGCUAUUUACAUGUAGUUAUCCUAUUUGGAAUUGUCUGUCCCUAUUUCUGACUUUGUACAUGGGAAGCAAGGGGAGUGGGUGAUCUAAAGAGGGGGACGGGCUUAUCGGGGGUAGAAAGUGAAGAUCGAGGGCGAAAUAGCAGAGCUGUUCCGUGUUUUCUGCAGAAGGCGAGAGUCCAUUGUAGUCUAUUGCUCGUCGAGAGGGACAUGGACAGGUUAUUCUUAUAACAAACACCCCAAAUGCACUGUUUUGAUUACAAGUGACAUCUAAUCCUUACAAGAGCGAGCACCACCUAUAGGAGAUCGAAAGUGUGUUUUUUUCCCCCCAUUGCUCGGUAAACGGAUGCAACAAUAUGCGGAUGGUUUUUACAUCAUCUGGUACAAAAUCUCUGUUCACAGGCGGCAUCUUAAAAAGGAUAGAUAGACCGGAGAUGCCAAACGUCGAGUCACUGGAGAAUGAAAACCUACAUUGAAAGAUCACGUUCAUCUUUGGCCAUCGACACAUGUUAAAUGGAUACAGAAUGGGUAAAUAAUGACGCUUAUUGUUUUCAGUCAUUCAAUCAUUUAUAUGGGUAUGACAAUAGCGGUCCUCUAUAACACCUUUUCAAAAUAGAAAUAUAGCCAAACGAUUUAACCCUGAAAUCACAGGCAACAAACUCAUCAAUAUGUGUAAUGAGGGCAAGAAAUAUGAUAUCCCUGUACUUUAGGCUGGGAAACCGCGUUGCUUAAUAAUAGGGCAAAAAGACUGUUAAGUAUUUUAAAUGGAUAGCCACGAUGGUGUAAUUUUGGACAUCCAUUUUACAAGUUCUAUCUUUUUUCUCUCUUUGAUAGAGCGCAACAUGUAGCCUAUUUCCUGUGUGCGCUGUAAAAUCAGAAGUCACGCAUAGUUCUCCGGGGAUAUUCUCAACUGAGGACAGAGGCGCAGUUUUCUCAAGAUAAAUAUUGGUAGGGAACGACAGACAUUGCUCUCAGUAUCAGUCUGUCAACUGCAAAGAAAAAACGAACCUAGGCCUCUUUUGCACAACUUGCACAGGCUGUCCAUAUUUCCCAGUAACUUUCUUAAAAAUCCCUUUUUUUCCCAACGUGGAUUGCUAGUCAGGUGACAUCUCAGGUGGGGGGGCCGCAAUUCAUGAUCAAACGGCAUCCCAUAUUCUUCACUUCUUUUGAGUUUUCACCAUGGAAACCCCAUGUGAACAAUGGUGAUGACCUUGAUACAAUGAAUAUAAAAGAGAAGGGUGUCAAUGUAAAAAAGUUUUGCAUUCGAAAAGAAACAAAGCUACAUUAUCGCCCUCACUUUAUUCUUAGUGAGUUUUCCAUGGGCUCACUUAAGGAAAAUUAACAUGGUCCAGGAGACCCUUCAAAUCUCCUUUUGUCUUAAGUCUACAUUUGGAGGACAUUGGAUUGGUGAAUCAACUGACAGAAUCAACUGACCCUGUCAGAGACGUGUACCUAACGAAUAUGUGAGGAAAGCUAUUCCAAAGUGCAGGGCCUGACAAUCAAGACACUACGUGUGAUUUAAAGGACAUUUGUGACACCUCAGGGCAAAGGGUUCAGUUUACACACAUGAGAAUAAAAGGGAACCCGAUGAGAGAGCACGAUGUAGGCCUGCGUUUGAACCUUACAACAGUACCUUGAGGAAUUUUACACCUGCAGAACUACAAACAGAUUCCCACUUUUUUUUUACGACGAGGUCACAGGAAGAAUACAAAACUUAGUCAGCAUUCAAGAUGCCUCGCAACCGGGCCUUCUCAGAGCCGGAGUACUCAGCAGAGUAUUCAGCGGACUGCUCUGUGACCCUACCAUCGGACCCGGGCCAGGCCGUGGGGCGCACGCACGAGGUAACGGUUCGCAGCCAAGGGUGCUGCCUCUGCCUACCACGCUUCAUGCGUCUCACCUUUGCACCCGAGUCUCUGGAGAACCUCUAUCAGACCUAUUUCCGCCGGCAGCGACACGAAACCCUGCUGGUUCUGGUUGUGUUUGCUGCCCUGUUUGACAGCUACAUCAUUGUCAUGUGCGCUGUGGUCUACACGGGUGAAAAGCUGGCCUCUGUGGUGGUGGCAUCAGUGGGCCUGGCAUCAGACAUCCUACUCUAUGUGUUGUGCUGCUACGGCCUGCUACCCGACCGCAUCUCACGACGUGUGGUGCCCUACGCCCUGUGGGUGCUCAUAGCGGCCCAGAUCUUCUGCUACCUGGGCCUGAACUAUGCCCGCUUCCACCAGGCCAGUGACACAGUGGGCUGGCAGGCCUUUUUUAGCUUCUCCUUCUUCCUGACACUGCCCUUGCGGCUCACGCCCAUUGUGCUGAUCACAUCCGUGUCAUGCGGGGUCCACACCCUGGUGCUGGGGGUCACCAUUGCACAGCAGCAGCAGGAGGAUAUCCAGGGGGCUGCCCUCGGGAGACAGCUGCUGGCCAACAUAGUGAUCUAUGUGUGUGCGAUCACUGUGGGCGUCAUGUCCUACUACAUGACAGACCGGAAACACCGCAAGGCCUUCCUGGAAGCACGGCAGUCUCUGGAGGUCAAGCUCAAUCUGGAGGAACAGAGCCAGCAACAGGAGCGUCUCUUGCUGUCCAUCCUGCCCAAGCAUAUAGCAGACGAGAUGUUGCAGGACAUGAAGAAGAAAGAAGCCAGUCAGACUGGACAGAAGGAGAUGCAGCAGUUCAACACCAUGUACAUGUAUCGCCACGAAAACGUCAGUAUUUUGUUUGCAGACAUUGUGGGAUUCACUCAGCUGUCAUCAUCAUGCAGUGCCCAUGAGCUGGUCAAGCUCCUCAAUGAACUGUUUGCCCGCUUUGACAAGCUGGCUGCCAAAUACCACCAGUUGAGAAUAAAGAUCCUGGGCGACUGUUACUACUGCAUCUGUGGCCUGCCAGACUACAGAGAGGACCACGCUGCCUGCUCCAUCAUGAUGGGCCUGGCCAUGGUGGAGGCCAUUUCGUAUGUUCGUGAGAAGACCGGGACAGAUGUGGACAUGCGUGUGGGGGUACACACUGGCACUGUCCUGGGGGGCGUCCUGGGACAGAAGCGGUGGCAGUAUGACGUCUGGUCCACUGACGUCACCGUGGCCAAUAAGAUGGAGGCGGGAGGAAUACCAGGGCGUGUGCACAUCUCCCAGGCCACCAUGGAGUGUCUGCACGGGGAGUUUGAUAUGGAGCCGGGGAACGGGGGUGACCGCUGUGAGUACCUGAAGGAGAGGGGCAUCGACUCCUACCUGGUGGUGGUGCCCAAGGGCCCCUUGGGAAAGAACGGCAUCAACGGGGUGAAGUUGUCUGUGAUGUCGUCCAAUGGGAACUCUCCAUUGUUGAUCAACACCACUGAGUGUAAUGGGAGUGUCCACACAGCCUGCACCACACCAGACGACCCAGAGGAGCUGGACACACGGGUGGUGAACCCUUCGUUCCCCAACCCUCGGCGGAGGCUAAGACUGCGGGACCUGGCCGAGAGGGUGAUUGAUGCCCAAGAGAACGAACAGGAGCUCAACAAACUGCUCAAUGAGGCACUGCUGGAGAGAGAGACCGUACAAGCUCUGAAGGGGAAACGCACCAACCGUCUGUCCCUGCGCUUUGUGGACCCUGAGCUGGAGACCCGCUACUCCGUAGAAAAGGAGAAGCAGAGCGGAGCUGCCUUCAGCUGCUCCUGUGUAGUGCUCCUGUUCACUGCAGCCAUGGAGGUCCUCAUAGACCCUCGGAUGAUAGCAAACUACGUGACCCUAGCUGUGGGAGAGGUCCUACUGCUCGUCCUAACUGUCUGCUCUCUGGCGGCCAUCUUCCCUCGAGUUUUCCCUAAGAGGCUGGUGUCUUUCUCUACAUGGAUCGACCACACCCGCUGGGCACGGAACACAUGGGCCAUGGCAGCAAUCUUCAUCCUCACCAUGGCCGACAUUGUGGACAUGCUGAGCUGUCCCCGUCCCUCUGGAAACGCCACAAUGGCUCCUCCUUCCUCUGUUGUCCAAUCCAGGGCAGAGGGCUGUCUGGACAACCCCAAGUACUACAGCUACAUCGCCGUGCUGGCACUCAUGGCGACCACCAUGCUGGUACAGGUCAGCCACAUGGUCAAGGUCACACUCAUGCUCCUCAUCACCAUAGCAACGGGCAUCGUCAACAUCUACAGCUGGAGGGACAUAUUUGACCGCUACGAUAUGGCCCGCUUCCAGGACUACAGGUCUUACCUGGUUCCCUCCAAAUAUGCCAUGACUAUCAUGAUCUUCAUCAUGAUGAUCAGCUUCUACUACUUUUCUCGACAUGUGGAGAAGCUAGCACGUACUCUGUUCUUGUGGAAGAUUGAGGUCCAUGAGCAGAAGGAGAAGGUGUAUGAGAUGAGGCGCUGGAACGAGGCGCUGGUCACUAACAUGCUGCCAGAGCACGUAGCACGCCACUUCCUGGGCUCCAAGAAAAGGGACGAGGAGCUGUACAGCCAGUCAUAUGAUGAGAUUGGGGUGAUGUUCGCCUCCAUCCCCAACUUCUCGGACUUCUACACAGAGGAGAGCAUCAACAAUGGGGGGAUUGAGUGCCUCAGGUUCCUCAACGAAAUCAUCUCAGAUUUUGACAGCCUCCUGGACGAGUCUCAGUUCCGCUGCAUCACCAAAAUCAAAACCAUUGGCAGCACCUACAUGGCAGCAUCAGGAGUCACUCCCGACGUCAGCAACGGCUACGCCUGUCUGAAGAAAGAAGAGCUGACUGACAGAGAGCGCUGGCAGCAUUUGGCAGAUCUGGCUGACUUUGCUCUGGCCAUGAAGGUCUCGCUCAUGAACAUCAACUACCAGUCCUUCAACAACUUUAUGCUACGCAUAGGUUUGAAUAAAGGGGGGGUUCUGGCAGGAGUGAUUGGUGCCCGGAAGCCUCACUAUGACAUCUGGGGAAACACUGUGAAUGUGGCCAGUCGCAUGGAGUCCACAGGGGUCAUGGGUAACAUCCAGGUGGUGGAAGAUUGUUACCACAUCUUGAAGGAGUACGGAUUCCGUUUUGUGAGGAGGGGACCUAUCUUUGUGAAGGGGAAAGGAGAGCUGCUUACCUACUUUCUGAAGGGUAGAGAAAAACAGGGCUCCUUCAUCAACGGCUCCUCGGUCACCCUGCCACACCAAGUGGUGGACAACUCCUGACCUGCGUGUCAAUGCUCACAGAAACACACAUGCAUAAUCAGAAAUAUACAUUGUAAUGUAUAAGUGAGAUCUGAAUUCAUGCUUAUACCAACACUCUUUCAGAAUUGCAAAGUAUGUCAGAGGAUAUGGACAUCUUGCAAAGAAAGAAGAUUUGUCCUGCCUCCCCCUCCCCCACCCUGCCUGUUCAAAUACUUUUUUUUGCAAACUACAAAGCUUUUGAAAAUAGUGCUCAGCUAUUUGCACUACAGACUUAUGAACACAUAUCACGGUACUGUAUAGUCACACAUAGUUACACACAGUCUUAGACAAACACUCUUAUUCAGAAACACAGUCUGACAAACACACAUUCAUGUACUCACUGCAAUGCCAUCCUUACGACGCGCUCAAGCCAGAUGCAUCAUGGCUGUUGGACUAAAUGCCUCAUUUUGAAUACUUUCCCCCUUUUACAAAAUACUUUAUAUUUGGAAAAGAAUGGAUUUCAUUGUGUUUGUUACAGUAUCUCCAAACUGCUUGGAGAUGGCGAUGACCUGAGAUAAGAUGGUAGAGGUGUGUGUGUGUGUGUGUGUGUGUGUGUGUGUGUGUGUGUGUGUGUGUGUGUGUGUGUGUGUGUGUGUGUGUGUGUGUGUGUGUGUGUGUGUGUGUGUGUGUGUGUGUGUGCUGAAUAAGCCUGCAGUGAAAGUAUUCUUUCUCACUUUUUUCUGAUCCGGACUCAAGUAACAUGCCAUGCCCUUUUUUUCUAUUAGCUAUGAAUUUGGAACACAUGCCUUCUAUGUUCUCCCCCCCACCCCCCCCCCCCAUCACUUCUUUACGGCAUCUGAGUCUAUGCUGACAGUGGGCACAGAACCCAGGUGUGAGUCCUCAGGUGUGAAAUUGGCGACAGGUUGAAUGUUUUUGUGUUUUUUUGGAGGCAUUGCAGGUGUGCGCAUGCACGUUGACAAGCAAGAGUGAUUCAUGGUAUUUUAGAGUUUGUGGUCACCAGGUCUUUGUGAGUAGCUGACACCUGUGGUCAUGGGUAUUCCGGUGGAUAGAAAUGCAGUGCCCUGAAAAAAGUAUUUUCCCCCUUUUUGGAUUUCCUCUGUUAUUACAUGUUUUUGAUACUGAAUUAGCAGAUCUUCAACUAAAACCUUAUAUUAGAAAAAGGGAACCUGAGUUUACAACAAACAAACAAAAACAUAUUUUAUUUAUUUAAUUAACAACGUUAUGCAACACCCAAUUCCCCUGUGUGAAAAAAGGUAUUGACCCCUUACACUCAAUAACUGGUUGUGCCACCUUUAGCUGCAAAUGUCUGCAACCAAAUGCUUCCUCUAGUUGUGGAUCAGUCUCUCACGUCGCUGUGGAGGAAUUUUGGCCCACUCUUGCAUGCAGAACUUCUUUAACUCAGCGACAUUUGUGGGUUUUCAAGCAUGAACUGCUCAUUUCAUGUCCUGCCACAACAUCUCAAUUGGGAUUAGGUCUGGACUUUGACUAGGCCAUUCCACAACUUCAAUUUUGUUGCUUUUUAGUCAUUUUAAAGUAGACUUGACUUUUGGAUUAAAGUUGACUAACGUUUGCCAAAAGACACCUGGAAGAUCAUCAAGGCUCUUGGAAGAAUGUUCUAUGAACAGAUGAGUCAAGCGUAUAACUUUUUGGAAGACAUGGGUCCCAUUAUGCCUGACGAAAAACCAAACACUGCAUACCACGGUAAGAACCUUGUACCAAUAGUCAAGCAUGGUGGUGGUAGUGUGAUGCUUUGGGGAUGCUUUGCUGCCUCAGGACCUGGAUGACUUGCCUUAAUAGAAGGAACCAUAAAUUGUGCUCUGUAUCAAAUAAAAGGUUAUUGGUCACAUACACAUAUUUAGCAGAUGUUAUUGUGGGUGUAGCAAAAUGCUUGCUGUAUCAGUGAAUUCUACAGGAGAAUGUCAGGCUUUCUGUGAGCUGAAGCACAGCUGGGUCAUGCAGCAAGACAAUAAUCCAAAACACACAAUCCAUGGCUAAAAAGCAACAAAUUUGAAGUUUUGUAAUGGCCUAGACAAAGUCCAGACCUAAUCCCAAUUGAGAUGUUGUGGCAGGACUUGAAAUGAGCAGUUCAUGCUUGAAAACCCACAAACGUCGCUGAGUUAAAGCAGUUCUGCAUAGAAGAGUGGGCCAAAAUUCCUCCACAGCGACGUGAGAGACUGAGCAAGAACUAAAGGAAGUGUUUGAUUGGAGUCAUUGCAGCUAAAGGUGCCACAAACAGUUAUUGAGUGUAAGGGGAAAUUACUUUUUCACAUGAGCAUUGGGUGUUGCAUAACUAUGUUUCUGAAAUCAAUUAAAUAAGUAUGUAAUUGUUGUGUUAUUUGUUGACUCAGGUCCCCUUUAUCUAAUAUUAGAUUUUGGUUGAAGAUCUGAUAAUAUUCUGUAUAAAAACAAAAAUGCAAAAGUAGAGAAUUAAGGGGGAAAAUUACUUUUCCACGGCACUGUAUGUUUGUUUGUUUGUGUAUAUGUAAGGUGGAUAUGUGGACAGUAUUGCAGGUGAGUUUCUUUUGCUCGUAUUGUGUCCCCGUCAGUGUCUUUUCUCUGAAAUUGGAUGGAAGUGCAAUAGUUUAUUCUUCUACAACCCUCUGUCCUCGCUUGCCCCUUACACAAAUUAAAACAUUCCUGGCCCUUUUAAUAUUUUUAUAACUAAGUUUAAUUCAUGCUGAGAUUCUAUUUACAGUGAAGGGAUAAAGGACUAAUGAGUCUCUAAGUUGUACAUACAGUUUACUGUUCAUUAACUUAAUUUAUUGCAGUUGUCAGGGACAGAUUUCCUUUUUUUAAACCAAUGUAAAAGUGCCAAUGUUGAAGGAAUGGCUUUGGUCCCUGUACAUGUGGCCAAAAUGCAGGUCUUUGCUGUUUCUCGAUUUGUAUUUUAAAGAACCUCAGGCUUGGGAAUAAAAUGGCACUUUGAAUGGUC